CCAUACCCGCUGUCGCAUGUAAGCAGGCCAAUCAGUGUCAUUGUCUCUCCACUUUGCUGCCGCCUUGCUCUGGCAACAGCACUGCUGUCAGGAUCUUAGCCUCCUAGCAAAUCUCUUCCUCUUUCUUCCCCAUCUAAUAAAUAUUUCAUCUCCUCUUCUUAUUUUUCAACUUUCUUCUUCUUCCCCUCUUUCUCUAUCGCACUCACUCACAGCCAAGGGCAUGGCAUAUCUUCAUCUUGCGCACACGUUGGCAGAUGCUUUCAACGCCCUUGCUGAUGAAGUUCAGACCUUGACAGAUCGAAAGACCGUCUUGGAGCACAAGCUUCGCUUUGCCCAUGAACAGUUCCAGUAUCUGGCUGACAAAUAUGCCCCAGCCGCGCCAGAAAUAGCUGAUACCCUGGCUAAGCUCCAGAUACCUCCGUAUACAUCUGUUGAUAAUUCAUUGCCUGUUCCUCUUCCACGCGCGUACAGCUCCGGUUCCCAACACCAGCUUGCCCUCGUCAUCCGUGACGGACGCCGAGUAGCUAAUCAGCUUGCCUCGCUGGGCGAAACAAGUAAAACCACUGGCACUGGCUCCAGCAGAGAGACCGAGUCGCAACCUUCCCACGUAGCCACUUCCAUGUCGACAGCGCUAGAACAAGACUUCACGGUCCAAGGAAAGAAGGGCCAUCUCCAAUGCCCGUUCUCCAAGCCUGCCACGGCUAGCGGCUCUGGGGUCCGCGACGAAGAUGCACAGGACACAACCCCUCAUCAUUCGACGGACCCUAUCUGCGCAGCCAUGUACGAAGAAUCUACUUCUCAGCAAGCCCGCACAAACACAAACGGCUCAUCAGCCGUCAAGUGUCCCAUUCGUUACAUGGACAAACACUCGGCUGAGGAGAUUGCCCACUAUGUUGAGACACACAAACAUGAACUCCCUCGAAGCCAUGAAGUUUGCCUCCGCCGGUACCAACGUGACGAAGAUCAAAUCAAGAAGAUAGAUUCCAAAUAUGGCGAUAUAGUGAGCAUGAUUGAAGGGUUGGGUCAGCUUCACCAGCCCAUGCUACCCGAGGCUGAACAGGACCCGAAUCGACCAAAUGACGUGGCCCAGCCAUCUAAUGAAAGAGUUGAGAACUGGGCACAGGCUGUUAGUGUAAACUCGGACCCAGAUAAUACACAGGUGCCGACUCUGGAGGAUGGAGACCGGCAGAGUCAUUUCGAUCGGCCCCUCAAGGAAGUACGUGUUGGAGAAUCGCCCAGCCGGCCUUGGGGAAUAUCUAUUCCAGUCUACAACCUCUCAGGUCACGGCGACGACCAACCUCUCUCACCACCACCAGCGCCUGUCUGCAUGCCGAUCUCCGCUCAAGCUGCUGCCCGCGCCCAGGAAUCAAUAAAGAAGAUGCCAGGCAAAUGUCCAUUUGAUCAUACAAAAUUGGCUGCCAUGGGUAUACCCUCAUCAUUCAAACAUGACACCCCUCCUCAGGUACCGGAACACACGGUUUCAUCCUCACCUCAUAAGGAGGGCGGGCCGCCUCCACCCCCUCCACAUCAACAUCAACAUCAAUACCAAUACCAAUACCAAUAUCAACAUCAACAUAAGGCACCUCCGCAACCUGCCUUCAUCAACCCUGAUAUGACCAAAGGGACAAACGACAAACCUCAAAUGAUCUUCACUGGGCCUGUUUUCAUUGGGUAUCCAAUGGACCAAGCUAUACAAUUUAUGAACCAAUACAGGGGGAACCAGUAAUUCCCAUAAUGGUGGCGUUUCACUUUUCAGUUAUAGCUUUGGGACAAGAAUGCAUAAGCGACGGCGUUGGCGAAUUCGAUUUCAUGGGAUGCAAGCGAUGGCAUUGCGAAAGACUUUGUAGAUUUUAUUUCAACACAUACUGAUCGGGCGGACAUAGCAGCCGCAAGUUGUAAUUGAUUACAUGCUUUGAUAGUGGCGUAACGAUAUUCAAUAUUGGCUCUGAUACAAACACAUCAUCGCCCUCUAUUAUCCCAAUUACAACCGAAUACUGGCACCCAGGGAUCUUCCAAUAUAAUGAUGCCCGAAACGCCAUAUAGUCCGUUUAAAUAUGUAUAAUCAAUAUAACCGAGCCGUGCCCAAUAUCCAUACCUUUAGUAUUAAAUGAUCUUGUCAUUACUAUCC